ACGCACGUGGUCAAAAUGCUAAUGCUUGGCACUCCAGAGAGUGGCAAAAGCACUCUACUGAAGCAGAUGAAGAUAAUUCAUAACUGUGGCUUUACCAAAGAAGAACUUGCCACUUUUAAGCCUGCUGUACUGGAUAACCUGUUGACUUCAAUGAAGUUUGUUCUGCAUGGUAUGGGCAAGCUCCACAUCAGUCUGGCCAACAAGAAGAACAAGGCCCACGCACGCGUUGUCUUGUCAUGCGAAUGCUGUGUAGGAGAUGACCAGGAGCUGUUGCCCUUCAUGGCUUGUUCCAUCUACAGACUGUGGGGAGAUGCGGGCGUGCGUGCGGCAGCUUCCAGGGGCCACGAGUACCAGCUCAACGACUCUGCACUCUAUUUCUUCGAGAACCUGAACCGGAUCAUCGGCCUGCACUACAUCCCCACUCAGGAGGACGUCCUGAGGGUGAGGGUGAGGACCAGUGGAAUCACUGAAACCCAGUUUAGCCUCAGCCACCUGCAGUACAGAGUGUAUGAUGUGGGUGCACAUCAGCUCUCGCAGAAGAAGUGGUUCAGCCAUUUCGAUGAUGUCAAGGCUGUGAUAUUUGUAGUGGCUCUUACUGGGUAUGACCUAAACCUUGUUCAGGACCCCUCUCUGAACUGUCUGCAGGAAAGCUUGGAGCUCUUCACCACCAUAUGCAACAACACGUACUUCAAAAAAGCUUCACUGAUUUUAUUCAUGAAUAAAACUGAUCUGUUUUGUCAGAAGAUAAUGCAUUCUGGCAGACACCUGCGAUUGUACCAUCCUGAAUUCAAAGGCCCAGACUGUGACGUAAAUGCAGCCGCGCAACACCUUACCUCCCUGUUUGUGGAUCGGUCCACCGCCUCAGGCAAGACGGUGUACCCUCACUUUACCAACGCCACACACACCUCUGCCAUACGGCAAGUGCUCAGUAAGGUCAUGGACACGGUUGUACGGCAGAACUUUGAAGAUGUGCCCCUGCUGUGA